AUGCCUAUCGACCACACGCUUAAGAAGCCCACUGCGGACGCCGAGAAGUUGCAGAUGUUUAUUCACCAACGUGGUCAAAUUAAAGGCAAAGUGACUAAAAUAACCAACAACCUUGAAAAGGCUGAAGAUGACCCAUCGCAAAUCAGUGCAUCGUUACUCAAAGUGUAUGGCAAAAAGUUAGAAAUGCAUUACACCGAGUACACUGAAGCCCACCGUGAAGUGAUUGCCAUAACUCCACCGGCAAAAAUGGAAGAGCAAGACGACAAGCUAGACGAAUUCGACGUUCUGCACACGGAAGCGCUCGAUCGCCUAGAGCGUCUGAUGGAGUAUUUUGCCAAGCCUGCUCCUGUGGUUGCUAUUCCUAGUGGAGCAGCCCAAGUAGUCGUGCAGCAUCAUCCCCUCAAAGCACCGAUACCUUCUUUCGAUGGUCGUGUGGAGAAUUGGCCCAAAUUCAAAGCCAUGUUUGAGGAUUUGGUCGUGAAAAGUGGUGAUUCCGAUGCCGUCAAGCUGCAUUAUCUUGACAAAUCUUUGGUGGGUGACGCAGCUGGUCUCAUCAAUGCCAAGAUAAUUCAAGACAACAAUUUCCAUCAAGUAUGGAGACAGUUGAGAGAACAGUUCGAAAACAAGCGUGUCAUAGUGGACACCCACGUCGAUGGAUUGAUCCAGUUGAAACCGAUGAUGAAGAGCAAUUUCAAGGAUCUGUUGGAGUUAACGAAAUCAUGUGAGCGUCACGUCGCAGGACUGGAGUACCAGGGUCUGGCAGUGGACGAACUAUCCGGGGUCAUCAUUACGAAGCUAUUAUCCUCCCGUUUGGACGAUCACACUCUACAGCUGUGGGAACGUAAGCAAAAACAUGGUGAGUUACCCAAGUACGAGGAUACGUUGGUAUUCUUAAAAGAGCGCAUAAACAAGGUGAAGCAAUUGAGAAUUUGUUUCAACUGCCUCGGACUUGGCCACUGUGCCAAGGAUUGUUCUUCCAAGCGUAAUUGUUCGAAAUGUCACAAGCGACAUCACACCCUCCUGCACGAAGAAUCCUUCACGAAAACCCUUGAGACCGAAACCCUCCCUGAAAAGGACUCUUUCCAGGACGCUGCUGAAGUCAAAACAGUUCCCAAAAUCGUUCCGUCAACAAGUGCCAACACAUCCUGUUCCUGCAACCAUUCUCAAACCGCGAAGACCGUGAUGCUGCUAACUGCUAUCGUGAAUCUUGAGAGUGCUGAUGGUCAGUUAGUUCCUUGCCGGGCAAUGAUGGAUAGUGGCUCCCAAGUAUGUUUUUUGUCCGAGACGAUCGCCAACCGUUUGAAGAUUUCCCGUGAGCCAGUGAACGUGCCAGUUACCGGAAUAGGCGGAGCAAAGAUCUACGCAAGAGAGAAACUGACAGUGACGAUCCAGUCCAGGUGUUCCAAUUUCUCCACUGAUAUGGAAUGCCUUGUGGUACCAAGGGUAACCGGUACCAUCCCUUCCGUUAAAAUAGAUGUUUCAUCGUGGCCAAUUCCUACCGGAGUUCAAUUGGCAGAUCCUACAUUCCACGUGCCUGCUAAAAUCGACAUGCUAAUCGGCGCUUCAAAGUUUUUCACGUUGCUGAAGUCUGGUCAGAUUCACCUAGCCGAUGGUCUUCCUGAGCUCCAUGAAACCCAUCUCGGUUGGGUCUUCGCUGGAGAGAUCAACAACGAUGCUGCUGAUACCGUAGUGGCCCACCCUGUUUCGCUUGAUUCCCUAAGUGAGACGAUAAGUCGGUUCUGGGAAGUUGAGGAUAUUUCACAUUCAGUGAAGGAGGAAACAGAGUUAAAUAUGUGCGAGGAGAUUUUCCGUUCAACACAUCGUCGGACGUCAACUGGACGUUACAUGGUUUCACUCCCCUUCCGAGAAGAUAUUGCAUUGCUUGAGGACAACCGAUCCGUUGCACUUCGUCGUUUCCUAAUGCUCGAGAGACGGUUCAAGAAGGAUCCCACGCUGAAGAAACUGUACUCUGAGUUUAUUGCUGAGUACGAAGCAUUGGGUCAUUGCCAUGAAGUCGAUGAAGCAAACGAUGUUCCUUCUCAAGGUCGUUAUUAUUUACCACACCACGCAGUGUUACGGUCAACCAGUUCGACGACGAAGCUAAGAGCGGUGUUCGACGCUUCGGCCAAGCCUAGCCCGCCAGCCAAGUCUCUAAACGAGUAUUCACCGCUGAUAUAG